CUUCAUCAAUGUAACAGAUACGUCUUUUUUGGAAGAUUUCUUACUAGUAAAGGCGUUUAUUUAAAUCCAAAUUCUUUGUGAUGUCGUAAUAUUUUAACCAAAUUGUGUGCGUGUUUUUUAUUUUUAUAUUUAAUUGUUAUCGAUACACUCUCUUUCAUGAGAGUUGAGUGGAAAACUUAUAGCAAUUGGAGAGGUAACAUUUUGACAGGAGGGCAACUUAAACCUUGGACAUAUUGUUAGUAGUGAGAUGUCCAAUGUAUCCUAAACGGGUUAGAAUAAAGACGGUAGAGCUCCAUGGCUGAGCGCCUCAGCCCUCGAAGCUCCGAGGUCAAUGCCUUGGAACAAAGAGGCUAUCUCAUCGGCAAGAAAAUCGGACAGGGGUCUUAUGCAACCGUUCAUCUCGCAGAAUACUGCGAUGCAACUAGUCCCAAGCGAAUGCACCUGGCGUGCAAGAUAUUUGAUAAAGAAAAAGCACCUCGGGAUUUUUUAGAGAAGUUUUUUCCUCGCGAACUUGACAUCUUGACUAAAAUCGAGAACCCUCACAUUAUUCAAGUACAUAGUAUACUACAGAGGGGCCCAAGAGUUUUUAUUUUUAUGCGUUACGCAGAUAACGGAGAUUUGCUGGACUUUAUAAAAAAAAAUGGUGUUGUUCCUGAAAACCAAGCGAAACUUUGGUUUCGACAGAUGGCUAGUGGAUUGCAGUAUCUACACAGUAAGAACAUUGCACACCGUGAUUUGAAAUGUGAGAACAUACUUCUGUCAAGACGUUUCAAUGUGAAACUCGCAGAUUUUGGAUUCGCAAGAUUUUGUACUGAUGGUGAGAACCGGCGUGUGCUUAGCCAAACGUAUUGUGGAUCAGCUGCCUAUGCAGCGCCAGAGGUAGUGAGCGGUACUCCCUAUAAUCCGAAGCUCGCUGAUGUAUGGUCUCUCGGAAUUAUUCUCUUUAUAAUGUUGAAUGCAUCGAUGCCUUUCGACGACUCGAAUUUACGUAAGCUCCUGAAAGACCAGAUGUCUCGCAACUGGGUAUUUCGGUCCAGGAUUCGGGAUACCGUGUCAGCAGCCGCCAAGUCCAUAGUGCGGCAUAUUCUGGAGCCGGAUAUAACGUUGAGGUUGACUUUAGAUCGAGUGCUGUCUCACGAGUGGACGAGAACACGAAAGGAUAAGAGUGUGAGUUUGAUGGGAAGGCUGGUGCAGUCUGCUCCGUCGGCACCGCACUCGCCAGGUAAGCGCGAGCAUGACGAGCCCGGCACCUCGGCCGGAGCUCGUGUCUCAGGAGAUCACCGCGAAACCGAGAGAGAGCGGCAUGACGAUAUCAAUAUGCGUUCACAUGACUGAUGACUAUAUAAGACUGAUUGAUAUUAACCCAAAAAUGUGUUAUAAUCUCUAAAUGCAGUUAGACACUCAAAAAUCGUAAAUUUACAUUAAUAUUUUUAUAUUUUUUUUUUACAAUU